ACUGGCUGUUGUUCCAGGAAGUAGCAUCUGGUCCAUCAGAAAUGGCACUCGUGGGUGCAAUCGUAACAAGCGAAUGCUAGAGAAGCCAUGCCGUUGCCUGUUUGCUUCCUUUCUCGCCGGUAACCGGGGGCAGGGAGCGGGUGGGGGUGGCGGGGGGGAGGAGGACGAGGUUAUCGAGGAAGAAUCUAUGCAAACAGGGAGGAUGCAUCUGGCUCUUCAUAGCCACGGGGUAGUUGCGAGCGGGUUAGUAUGGCAGCAUUCUUUCCUCCCUCUAGGAGCAGCUUUGCUCCAAAGGCCCAGGCAUGCAGGUGCGAGGUGCAACAGGGACCACCACGGUGGCCGCUUUUGUAUGGUUUCCUCUGCUGGAUCUUCAAUUGCCAUAGACAGGAGAAGCAGUGUCCAUCGGUGGUUACGCAAUCAGUCUUUUCGAUCCUCGAGUGGAGGAUGUCUGUUGGGUUUUGAACACUCGACUGGGGCCGCAGCCGUUGCACGUGCAAGAUUUGAGUCGUCUGCGGACUGGGACACACUUCUGCCAAUUGCAGAGUUGGUCGUGUGCACAGGCGGAUCGGUUUCGUCUUUGUCGCCAGAAGAUUCCUUGAAAAAUGCGACGUGGACAAAACUCAUAUGUGGAGCCAGUUUCGAGGACGUCGUGGAUGUCCGCAACCUUUCACUUGUAUAUACUUUGGUAGGGGUGGAUUGUGUGGACUGUGCUGCAGACCCGGCUGUGGUAAGUGCUGUGAAAGAAGGGGUCGAUGCAGCCAUGGCGUUGGCUGCCUUGAUAGGCAGUAGGAGUGAUGGCGGGACAAGUGGGCUACGGUUACGGCGCCCCUGGAUCAUGGUUAGCAUCAACGACCAUGAAGAUCCACAUUUUCGGAAGGCGGAGUUCGAUGUGACUCGGUGCCCUAGCGACUGCCAGCGACCAUGCGAGCGGGUCUGUCCUGCAGCUGCCAUUUGGUUCCCGGACAAAUUUCUUUCGGAGGAAGUGCGUAUACAGAGCGGGGAGGACACAGAGGCAGCACGGAUGGCGCAAAGGUCAGAGCUCACAGCAUUGCCUGCCGAGGGCGUUGAAGGUGGCGUUGUUCAAGAAAGGUGUUAUGGGUGUGGAAGAUGUGUUCCGAUCUGCCCGUACGGGCUGAUUGAUGCGCGCUAUCACCUGCGCGAUGUGGAACAUGUUGGCCAGCUGCUCUCUGCAGGCGAAGUCGACGCUGUUGAAAUCCACACGAGGACAGGGUAUUCCCCCUCGUUUGUGAACCUGUGGAAGGGCCUGUCUCGACGUGUGGGAGGUCUUCGUCUUGUUGCCGUUAGCGUGCCGGAUCUCGGCGAGGAAAUGGUUGAUACUAUGACCGACAUGUACAACCUGAUGCAGCCUGCAGUCCAUGACCGGCUUCUCUGGCAGCUUGAUGGGCGGCCCAUGAGCGGUGAUAUUGGUGCCGGGGCAACGAUGGCAGCUGUUCAGCUGGGAAAACGCAUUCUCAAGUGCAAUUCACGCCCCCCAGGGUACUUGCAGUUGGCCGGAGGGACAAAUGCACAUACGGUUGCCAGUAUGAAGGCAGCGGGUAUCUGGAACGGUAAGAGCGAGAUAGUGGCUAUGGCAGAAGUAGACAGCACGGGUAGCAUUGCUGGUGUAGCGUACGGGGGAUAUGCAAGGAAAAUAAUGAGGGGGGUUUUGAAAGCAGCCCAAGACCGCAAGUGUGAAACGAACAGGGCAGAGGGAAUGCCCAUGCAACUCAGCCCAGCUGUCUCUUUAUCGUCUGGAACAGAAGGCGCAGCAGGAAUGGUGGAGGUGUUGGCGUCAAGACAGCCCCCAGCGAGCCAGCGUGAUCAGGUUUUCAAACGUCCGAAGGAUGGGAACGAGUUAAUGGCAGAUACAGUUAAGGGUAAAAGUAGUCAGAGGCUGGAAACAAGUCCAGAGCUUCUGCUUGAGGCAUUGCGUUUAGCGGCUGCAUUGGUCGCACCGCUGAAGGGUUUUCAAAUUCCGAAGAAAAGGCUUGUGGAUGUGUAAGAAAGCACACCCUUCGCUACGGGUUCAUAGACAAACUGUUAAUUUUUUUUAAUGCUGGGGAAGAGCUGUCCUGAGCUGUUGUCCACCCAGGCAGUUGUGCAUGCCUAACGCUUUCUCUGUGCGUUUCACAUGCAGGUUGGGACAUCGAAGCCAACUCAUGGAACGUCAAAAGAGGGCCGGAGAAGCAAGCAAAUGGCCAGCGCUUGGCAGAUUAUUGUUGUGAUUGGCUCUCUCAACCUAGGACCAAUGUGAAAGCGGAAUUUCCUCCUUGGAAGUGAAGCAAAAUGCUAGCGGCCUUUCACACUUUGUGAAUGAAUUAUUUGCAUGUUUUGUCCUUUUCUUGGUGGAAAAGGGGUAUAUGCCAUUUGGUUUGUCCCGCUCCGUUGGUCAGCUUUUGAGAAUAGAGGGUCUUAUUAUGCCAUUUGCGUUGGGUAAGUGGGUUGCAGCCCGUACGACAGAGGAAAGGUGUCCUGAUUGCAAUACACAGUGAGAAACCAUAACCAUGAGUACUUCCCAGCUUUAAGUUUAUAGAUACCAAGAGUAUAGGGACGAUGGGCUAACUCGGACCUGCUGUUGUGAAAUGAAGGAAGACAAAAAAGCUGUUUUUGUGCAUGCAGUGCAUAAUCCUGGGAGAUGGAGCAGAAUUGGGUUGGAGGGAGGGAGUGUCAGUCAAUUAGCAUGCACACAGCAAAAAUGACGAGUGGUGGAUAGCACGGUGGCGCACUCGCGAUAAUGCGUUGAUCACGUCUUGGGUAACCCAAGAGAGUGUCGUUGUUGUGAUGUGCAUGGUCUCUGGUGUGCUAUGUGUUGUUUCCUCUUAGCUUUUCUGUAUGCUCUUCAAGGUAAGUACGGUCACUCGUUUUGUGUGUAAAGCUUGGCGACAGUUUUUACUGUGACCGACACGUCCAAAUGCAUAGCUGCCAGUAGAAUUUUCCCCACCUGUGGUUGUCUGUCGGUGAUGGAGCACAUGCGAUGGUGGGCCUCCAUUGCAGCAGCUGAACGAGCAUAUGUCACAAUGAACCUAGCCUGGAGAGUACAGUGGCUUUGGCAAGUGAGCGAUCUCGUCUUUGGUAACCUGCUGCCCAUCGUAUGAUAUGGUCUGAGCGAGCUACCUUUCAUGUCUCUGCUGCCUGUGGAGGUGGGGGUUUUCCCUUGCCUUGUUGUACUAAUCGGAGGUACCUCCUCUGACAAGUCCCGACUUGGGUCAAGCCGUAUGGUUUACGGCGUUAGCUUAUCAGUAGUUGGAACAACGACUGGUUUUAGAUGAUAUGGUUGACGUCCAUUUUGCUAGUGUGAAGGUAGGCAUAUUCAGUGCUUGGCUUGGCCAUAUAGUCAGUGUAUUACAGUGGCACAGUGGAGGCACAGUAGUGGCACAGUAGUUAGUGUGUCGUGUGAAACUUGUGUGGGUACGCAAUUGAUUUGCGAUACUCCAACUGCAUAGCCAGAUGUGACAGGGCAUGCAAGAAAGGGAAGGGGGCGGAAAAGGGGGUCGGAAGGAGGGGUAUGAGCGAUGCUCGAGUGUGUGCAUGUGCGUGGGUUCUCCCGCUUAGACAUCGGUGAAUAUUGAUACGGUUGGCGUUCAUGAAUGCGCACUAACUUUGGAUUUGCCCUCCACAACGAUUGCAUGGGUUGUUCAUGUAGAAGAAGCCUCCGGCUUUAUUGUAUUGUUAACGGGAAAAACUGCAUUUUGAAGUGUGCAAUGGCCGUUUGUACUCGCACAGCAUGCUCCGUGGACCGCUUCCACGCCAUUGCCCAUUGAUAUU